GCUUUGCAUGAUUUGGUUUCUUGAUUCUUUUACGUUCGUUGGAUUGGUUCGUGCAAACAAAUUGCAUUAACAUUGUAUUACAUCAAAGAUUUGAUUCAUGCUGUUGUUCGAAUGCCAAUUCUGAGUUUUUCAGAUCGAGAGACCUCGAAACAAUUGUGGGUUCUUCACAAAGUUGUAGGAUCUGUCGUGGGGUAUUCACAAGGUUGAAUGCCAUUAUUGGAAGCAAAACGCUUUUUGAGAAGGAGAAGGAUUAUAGUUUUCUUUUGUUUGGUUUUGUUGGAAACGUUUUGAAUGCUUCUUCCUUUUCACGUUCGAUGAAAUGAGAAGGAAAACAUGUGGAUUGAGUGAUUUGGAAAGCAAUGGGAUUAAGAAAGGCUGGUUAUGCGGUGGUUUUCGUGAUUUUCCUUUGUGGGUUGUCAAUAAGGGGUUCAGACGCGUGGAAAUCAGAAACAUUAGUUAGAAAUGGAGGUUCCCAGGAGACAGACGAGCGCAUGGUGGAGCAGGUAUCAACUCAUUGCAGGAAAGAAUUGCUAGACAGGAAAAUGUCUGUCAAAGAUUUUGACUUGUAUAUCCUACGGGAAGCAGUCAGGGAUUCAAAAUUAGCAUUGGUGGCAGAAGGAAACAUAGACAGACCUAUAAUAGUUCUACAUCCCCAUAUGAAACAAACGGUUCUGGAUUGCUUAGGAAGAAAAAGUCUUCUGCUUAAUGUUCCUGGUGAGGAGGCCUGCUCCAAGAAUUGGGUCAUCAAGUGUGUUGAUUUGCUUUUCAGUUUGCCAAAUUCUCCUAGAAGAUAUCUGGCUAGUCAGUCGCUUCAACAGAUAGCACCAAGACCUGCAACACCUCUAGCUCCAAGCCCAGCAUCAGCAUCACCUAUUUAUGCUCCAGCACCAUCUGAUCCAGCAGCUGCGAGUUCUCCAUCUCCGAAUCCAAGGCCCCCUGUUGAGCCACCAGAAGAGCCAUCUCCCUCACCAGAGCUAAUUGGCUUAGUUCCUCCAGCUCCACCUCCACCUCCUAAACAUUUUCCACCUGUUGACCAACUUGUUCCACGAAACUCGUCAAAAAAUGAUAAUGGCAUUGGUGAUGAGAAGAAAAGGGUUGUAGCUAUUGCUGCAACUGCAGCAGGAGUUGUUGUCGUUGUUGCAUUGCUCCUCUUUUGCUGUCUUAAGGGUAGUAACAAGAAAAUUGGCCCAAGAGAUGGAAAAAGAGAUGAGAAGCCUCUUCUUGAAUUAAGCAUGAGUGAUUUCUCCACUGGUUCUUCACAAAAGUCUGUUGGUCUAGGAAAUUCAAGUAUCAAAGACUUAUGUGCUGAUAUUGGAAAGAAUCCUCCUUUGCUUACCAAUUUGUCCAUGAAACAUGGAACCAGUGAUUCUUUACUGGGUGGGUCGCCAUUGUCAGAAGGUGCAGGACCAGUAUCAUUUCCUCUAAAACUUCCACCCGGAAGAUCAGCUCCUUUGCCUCCUGCUCCACCAAGUCCGCCACCUCCUCCUGCUGCUCCUCCUGCUGCUCCUCAGCCCCCCCCACCUCCUAAAUCUGCUCGCCCUCCUCCUGCUCCACCAAAAGUGCCUGGGAAAUACCAACCUUCACGACUUGGACCACAUCACGAAAGAAGUAAUGGUUCUAGUGAGGGAGGUGAUCUUGAUGGUGAAUCUGGAGCUCCAAAAGCCAAAUUGAAGCCAUUCUUCUGGGAUAAGGUUCUUGCCAACCCUGAUCAGUCAAUGGUCUGGCAUGAGAUUAGUUCGGGAUCAUUCCAGUUCAAUGAGGAGAUGAUAGAGUCUCUAUUUGGUUAUGCCAACAUGGAUAAAAACAAAAUUGAGCGCAAGAAAGAUUCUGCAUCCCUUGAACCUUCAAUCCAGUACAUUCAAAUUAUUGAUGCUAAGAAAGCACAAAAUUUAUCAAUUCUACUACGAGCGCUGAAUGUGACAACAGAAGAAGUCCUUGAUGCUCUUCAUGAAGGUAAUGAGCUUCCUGUGGAGCUCCUUCACACUUUGUUGAAGAUGUCACCAACAACAGAUGAGGAACUGAAGCUCAGGUUAUUCAGUGGCGAUCUUUCUCGGCUUGGCCCUGCAGAUCGGUUCCUAAAAGUGUUGGUUGACUUCCCAUUUGCGUUUAAACGACUAGAGUCACUUCUGUUCAUGAGUUCCCUACAAGAGGAGGUUUCUAACGUUAAAGAGUCCUUGUCAACUCUAGAGGUUGCUUGCAAGAAACUAAAAAGCAGCAGGCUAUUCCUAAAACUCUUAGAAGCAGUUCUCAAAACUGGAAAUCGCAUGAAUGAUGGUACCUACAGAGGUGGUGCACAGGCAUUUAAGCUUGACACACUCUUGAAACUGUCAGAUGUAAAAGGAACUGAUGGCAAGACCACACUACUGCACUUUGUUGUUCAGGAGAUCAUCCGUUCUGAAGGCAUACGAGCUGUCCGUACAGCCAGAGCAAGCCAGAGUGACACCAGCGUGAAAACAGAUGAUUUUGCUGAGGAUCUCACUGAGGAAUCAGCAGAGCAUUAUCGUAUUCUUGGUCUUCAGGUGGUUUCAGGUUUAAGCAGUGAACUUGAAGAUGUAAAAAAGGCAGCAUUUAUAGAUGCUGAUGGCCUAACCGUUACAGUGUCAAAACUCAACCAAUCGUUGAGAAAAACUAAAGAUUUCCUAAACGCUGAGAUGAAGAGUCUGGAUGAAGAGAGUGAAUUCCAUAGUACACUAGCCAAUUUUGUGGAGUGUGUGGAAGCUGACAUUUCAGGGCUAUUGGGGGAAGAAAAGAGAAUAAUGACUCUGGUGAAAAGCACUGCAGAUUACUUCCAUGGGAAGGCAGGAAAGGACGAAGGCUUGCGUUUGUUUGCAAUUGUACGUGAUUUCUUGCGAAUGUUAGAUAAGGCAUGUAAAGAGGUUAGGGAUGCUGGAAUGAAGGCAGUGAGCAGGACUCCAAAGAAAGCAGCAGCUCCAGCAAUGUCGUCUUCUCCAGAAAUCCAUCAGCAGUUUCCAGACAUACGUCAGCGACUAUUUCCAGCAAUAAUGGAGCGGCGGAAGGACAACUCCAGUUCAGAUGAUGAGAGUCUAUCUCCUUAGCUUUCGUUUCAAAUAGGUUGGAAUUCCCGCAGAACUGAAGUCCAUAUCUCAGCUUCAUCCAGCAAACAGAAUGCAAAGUUGGAGUUUCAUUCUUGAUAUCUCGGUACAUGAUAUUUGUCAGCUGAUGGAAGUUCUAAUUUUGAUGGCUGAGAAGGGACCUGUGUCGUGUACAUUUUCAGUGAUGGCAGAAAGAUUUUGGUUGUACAGAAACUUGAAGUACCUACUAAACUGUAUCUUCUUCAUUUAUCUGUUAUGAUUUGUUCUCUUGUUGUUAAACCCAACUUGUUGGAUAUGUGAUGUGCCCCCCAUGUUCGUCCAUGUCCUUCUCAUGUACACCACAAAGCUCCCGUCUUGUCCUUCUGGUGUCUUGGAACAGAGUUGGGUUGUAUCAGAUUAUGUUGUCUCCUUGCUCUAUCAGAUUA